AUGAUCGAACGACGUCGUCUUCCAUCUGCGUCCUACAACUCACCCGUUGAAAAUGAACAGUGGUCACGAUGUGAAUUUGCCGAACAGUCGGUUGUGAUCGUGGGGGAGAAUCGCGAUGCUACACAAAUUGCUCGACAUGUCGCUAACAAACAGGUAUCCUCUCCAUUUUUCGUCAUGGACAUGCCAUCAGUGAUGGCUCGUGUGGACGAUUGGCGAGACCAUCUGCCCCGCGUCCAGGCUUACUACGCCCUUCGUUGCAAUGCCGAUCCUGUGCUAGCGAGAAUGCUUGCUGACUAUGCACGACUUGGGUUUGCAGUCACCGAUGCGCAAGAGCUGGCUGUGGUGAGUAAGCAGAUCUUUCUUGUUAGUUCUUCAAAAAAAAAAAAGGAAAUAUUCAAGGCACUUGAACUCGUUUCCGCCGACCGAAUCAUCAUGGACUGCCCACUGUGGACACGUAAAUCUAUGAGAAUUGCUGGUGAAUGUGAAGUCGGAACCAUCGUGAUUGAAAAUGAGAAACAGCUCAUGGAUGCGAUCAGUUAUGCACCACACGCUCGGUGA